AUGUGUUGCUGGGAUAUUCGCAGAGAAUAUGAAAGAAAAUUAGCUAAACGAUAUGUUUCUAGGGCUAAAAUUUCUUUGGUUGAUUCCUUUCCCUCUUUUCCAAACAACGAAAAUGCAGACGAAAAUGACAAAGUCUUAUACAAAGAUGUAGACAAAAAUGAUACAAAGAAAAGAAUCGAAAUAUUGGAAAUAACUACAAAAGGUAGGAUUGAGAGACUAGAGGCUAUGUUGGAAGAAUUUUAUUUGGAUGCAAGUUAUUUUAAAACAUUAAAAGUCUUUAAAAAAAGAAAAAGAGAGAUAAACGAUAAUGAAAAUAGAUUUAGUGAUAUAGAUCUUUUUAAUGUUCCAACAUUUCAGGACCGAAUAUAUGUUUCUAUUCCUCCUUUAGCUCUUGAUGCGGAAGAUGGAUUAAAUCUUUUUAUUCAUGAUUCAAGUAAAAAAAUUCUCGAUACUAGUUCCAAAUUAUUUUUCCUAUAA